AUGACAGAUGACCAGAACGAAGACGGACAUACUGCAUCAGAGUUUGAGCAAGAGCAGCAAGAUGCAGUUAACAAUGACAAGGAAAUAAUCUCUCAUGGGGCUAACUUUCAUGUCGCUCCCCUUGAAGAACUUAUAAGUAUAACUUAUCCAUGGCCUUUUGCAAAAUGGGGAUUAGACUUACUUGGACCCUUUCCCAAGUGCCUAGACAAGUAUGGCAUUCCCAAUUCCAUUACGACGGAUAAUGGAACUCAAUUCACCGACUCUACAUUCAGAAAUCUAGUAGCCAGUAUGAAAAUCAAGCAUCAGUUCACCUCGGUUGGGCACCCACAAGCAAAUGGGCAAGCAGAAGCCGCCAAUAAAAUCAUACUAGAUGGAUUAAAGAAAAGAUUACAAGAUAUAAAAGGGAGUUUGGGCCGAGGAGCUCCCUCAAGUGUUAUGGGCAUAUCGGACUACACCCCAGUCUGGGGAGAAACACCCUUCCGACUUACUUAUGGCAUAGAAGCCAUGGUACCAGUUAAAGUCAACGAGCAAAGUCCAAGGGUGAGGUUUUAUGAUGAGAUCGGCAAUAUUCAGGCACACAAAGAAGAACUCAAACUACUCCCUAAAGUAUGA